UUCCUACUAAACUCUUAUCAAUUCUUACCUUUCUCUCUUGCUUGCUUGCUUCUAAAUGUUCUGGCCCACCUCUCGAGUCCAUUUCUUUUCACUAUUUACUUCACUCACCUCUUUCUUUGUUAUUGUUUAUAUCGAAUAUAUAUAUGUAUACUUGUAUAUAUGUGUGUGUUGCACGUAUACUUUUGCCACUCGUCUGUUCUAGACCUGAAUGUGUUCAUGUGAUGACCGUAAUGAAGGGAAGAACGUUUGAGAUGGACUCUUCUUCUAUAGAGUUUGAAUUGUUAAGUGGGUUAUUGAGAUAAGAGAGUGUCAGUGAAAAAGGGUAAUUUGUAGCUUUAUAUUUUUGUUUGUGGAAGUGAAUUUCUGGGGAUGUUUCUUUGGAGGCUUGUAAGCGUUCUCUUUUUCGUGAUGUGUUGGUGAAAAUUGAGCUGCUGAGUUUUGCGUUCUAAAUGUUUGUUGAAAUGCCUGAGUGGUGCAAAUAAUGUUCUCUCUUUAUUUGGGUAGAUAGGAUCGUAAUGAAACUCACGACAAUUUAUUGCUCAUUUCAUGGCAUACGGAAUUUGGUUUCAUGCCCAAGUAAGCAUGCUUUUGGUUUCCAAUUUAGAUGCUGGAGGUCGGCCGCAGAAGGUGAUAUUGUGCAUUUUAGGACAGAAGAUAUUGAUAAUGACUAUUUAUUAGAAUCUCGCACGAUUUCCUCGCGCGGGCACCUUAGGCGGGCUCUUUCUCUGUUCUACUCCUCGAAACAACCUCAUUCCCACCAGACCUAUGCGUAUCUCUUUCAUGUUUGUGCACGCCUCCGCUGCCUCCAAGAAGGUGUGGGACUGCACCGUUACAUGUUGUCUCAAAAUCCCAUGGUCUCAUUUGAUCUCUUUGUUACCAAUCAUCUUAUCAACAUGUAUUGUAAAUGUGGUCACUUAGACUAUGCCAACCAAUUAUUUAAUGAGAUGCCUAGGAGAAACUAUGUUUCUUGGACUGUGCUUAUAACCGGAUUUUCUCAGUAUGGUCAUGUGGAUGAGUGCUUCCUUAUAUUUUCAAGAAUGUUGGUAGAUCACAGGCCCAAUGAGUUUACGGUUUCAAGUUUGCUUACCUCAUUUGGUGAGCACGACGGUGAACGUGGGCGGCAGAUACAUGGGUUUGCCUUGAAAAUCUCUUUAGAUGCCUUUGUUUAUGUUGCAAAUGCUCUUAUUACCAUGUAUAGCAAGAUUUGCUCUGAAGAUGGUGCUUUUAAGGAUAGUAAAGAUGAUGAUGCGUGGACUAUGUUCAAGAGCAUGGAAAAUCCCAGCCUUAUAACGUGGAACUCGAUGAUUGCAGGGUUUUGUUUUCGAAAACUUGGACAUCAGGCUAUCUAUUUAUUUAUGCAAAUGAACCGUCAUGGAAUUGGGUUUGAUCGUGCAACACUUGUAAGCACUUUGUCUUCCACAAGUUUCUGCAACAGGGAUGAAUUUGGGCGGAGAUUGAGCUUUUGUCAUCAGAUACACUGUCAAGCAUUAAAAACUGCUUUCAUUUCCGAAGUUGAAAUAAUUACUGCAUUAGUGAAAACUUAUGCAGAACUUGGAGGGGAUAUUGCGGAUAGUUAUAGGCUUUUUGUUGAAGCUGGAUAUAAUCGGGAUAUAGUUUUAUGGACCAGCAUUAUGGCAGCUUUUAUAGACCAUGACCCUGGGAAAACCCUUUCCCUAUUUUGUCAGUUCAGACAAGAAGGUUUAACUCCAGAUGGACACACCUUUUCAAUUGUAUUGAAGGCUUGUGCUGGAUUUCUAACCGAGAAACACGCCUCAACAUAUCAUUCACUGCUAAUUAAAUCUAUGUCUGAGGAUCACACUGUCCUUAAUAAUGCUUUGAUUCAUGCUUAUGGGAGAUGUGGUUCAAUUUCUUCCUCUAAGAAAGUGUUCAAUCAAAUGAAACAUCAUGAUUUGGUUUCUUGGAACACAAUGAUGAAGGCCUACGCUCUCCAUGGUCAAGCUGAAAUUGCAUUGCAGCUUUUUACAAAGAUGAAUGUGCCACCUGAUGCUACUACAUUUGUCUCUCUUCUUUCAGCAUGUAGCCAUGCUGGGCUGGUGGAAGAAGGGACCAGCCUUUUCAAUUCAAUUACAAAUUAUGGUAUUGUUUGUCGACUAGAUCACUAUGCUUGCAUGGUUGACAUUUUGGGGAGAUCUGGUCAAGUUCAAGAGGCUCAUGAUUUUAUAAGUAACAUGCCUAUAGAACCUGAUUUUGUUGUUUGGAGUUCUUUCCUGGGAUCAUGUAGGAAGUAUGGUGCAACAGGAUUGGCCAAAUUAGCAUCUUAUAAAUUGAAGGAGUUAGAUCCUAGCAACUCCUUAGCUUAUGUGCAAAUGUCAAAUCUAUAUUGCUUCAAUGGCAGUUUUUAUGAAGCAGACUUAAUUAGGAUGGAAAUGACAGGGUCUAGAGUGAAAAAGGAACCUGGAUUGAGUCGGGUAGAAAUUGAAAAUCAAGUGCACGAGUUUGCAUCUGGAGGACGCUGUCAUCCACAGAGGGAGGUCAUAUGCAAUGAGCUUGAAAAACUCAUUGGGAGGUUAAAGGAGAUUGGUUAUGUGCCUGAGACAAGCUUAGCAUUGCAUGACGUGGAACAAGAGCAAAAAGAGCAGCAACUAUAUCAUCAUAGCGAGAAGUUGGCUUUGGUUUUUUCUGUAAUGAAUGAUUAUAACUUGGGUCGUGUCAAUAAUCCUAUAAGGAUUAUGAAAAACAUCCGAAUUUGUGUAGAUUGUCAUAAUUUCAUGAAGUUAGCUUCAAGGCUACUUCAGAAGGAGAUUGUCAUUAGAGACUCUAAUCGGUUUCAUCAUUUCAUGGCCGGUUUAUGCUCGUGCAAUGACUACUGGUAAUCAAUCGGCAUCAAACAUUCAAGAACCUGAGUUUCCACUGCAAUCAUCCAUAGUUUGUAACCUCCAAUAUGAACAGGAUGAAGUUGUUUUCAGUAACAUUGCCACUUAUAUCAAUAAUCUCAGUUCCUUAUUGUUGAAGUAUGGUACCAUAGAUUCUUAAGGACACGAAAGUUUUGAUGCCACAUGAAGGUUGCAGUCAUAGUACCAAAUUGAACUGCAAAUGAUACUAUAAGCAGGUGAUACCGUAAUGGUACCUGACUGUUUUUUAUCUACAAGAUGAUACUCCUUUUCAAGCUCAACCUUAGAUGAUUUACUCCUCCAUGAAGGAGAGGCCGAUGUUUUCUGACUCAAUUAUUGAUCCUUGUUCAAUAUCAGAAAAAAGAAAAGCCAUACCCUGCAGCUUGUUAUCAUUACCAAGAAAAAAGAAGAAAUAAACUCUCUCUAAAAACAAAAAAAGAAAACCCAAUACACAGGAACGACCAAAUCCAGACUUCUGGAAGUUGCUUUUACCAACUGCAAACAAGAAGCGUCUCCAUUAUAGUGAUUAUAAAUGAUGGAACUUCCAAUUAUUGUGCAACUUCUAAUUCGUUUGGAUUUCUUAAUCAUUACUAACUAGAUUUCAUCAGACCUUUGGUUUUUGUCCUUCAGCAGACUACCUCAAGUUUAGUUUCAAAUGUUUCUCAAAUUCAUAAUAUUUAUGUAAUUCCUUGUAUAUUUCUUGUUAUUGGCAUUAUUACUUUUUCCUGCGGGAAAAUACAAAUAUAUAUAUAUUUGAAGAAUAAAA